AUGCCACUAUCUGCGAAGCUUGCCGGUGCUCUCGCACGUUACACGAAUGAACUGUCGAGUGCGGUUACGGCUUUUGCGCCGAUGCAAUGUGGGGCAGUGCCAUUGGAAUCGUGCCUGACUGAGAAGGAGUCAGCCACUUCGUAUACCCGUCAUGCACCUGCAUCGAUACAUUUUAACCCAGAGGCGAAAGCUAGUGAAGAGCAAACUAUACUAGCACCGAGAUCUAUAUUACAGCGAAGGUACUCUGUAAAUUUAGGCUCUUUAUUCUCCAAGGUUCAUAAAGAGCCCGUGAAACAGCGUCGCAAAUCAAUUGCGACUUUGUUCCCGGAUAAAAUUAAGCAAACCACAUUAGGAGCUGUGUCUAUCAGUCAUAACCAAAAAAUUUCGAAGGAAGAACUGGCACUAAUUACUCAAGUCUCGCCAGAUGCGAAUAUCGACUUCAUCCUCAAAGAGUAUCAAUCCUUGCCGCUACAUGUAAAGAGUACUGCUGGUGCGUACAAGCUCUUAUCAAACAUCUUGUCAAGUCACAGGUCGUGCGUAGAUGUUGAUGCACUAUAUGAAAUGUACCUAAGCUUGAAGCACUAUGGCCCAUCACCCGACGGUGCUAUUUAUGCUAUUCUCGUUGAUCAGCUGUGUCAACGCGAUCUGGAGCUGGUCAGACAUCACGGGAGUUCCUAUGGCAAGGACUAUUUUGAGCUCGCGCUACAGGUUGUUUGCGAUGGAUUCUAUUCACGACACCUUUUCAAUUCUAGUGGUCCUUUCAACCAACUAUUUCGCUGCAUGAUACCUCGCGGUUGUAUUGAUAAGGCCAUCUACGUUCUUUCGAUUAUGGAAAGCUGUAUUGGAAGCGUUAAGGACGCGGAAUCUUUCUCUUUAUUGAUACAGAUUUUCAGCAGUGACACCGUGCCUACGUUUCCGGGUCAGUCUUUAGAAGACAGGCAGCGCCAUUGCCUCUAUGCAUGCAUUCAAAUUUUCCAGUCGUUUGAGAAUAUUGCUUCCAUUUUGGCACAAAAAGAGCCACGUUGCAUGGAAUUCAGCGAGAAAAAAUGCGUGUCUGUUUGGCUCUCAAUGAUCGAUGCCUACUUUUUGCUGGGCGACGUAUUUGGAGCAGUGGCUCUUUUUGAGAGGAUGAUGGCAGCACACUUCCAGGAUUGUUCUAUUCCUCCAUUGGACGAGCAAGUUGUAAGUCAUAUGGUGACUGGUUUUGUGCAUGUAGGUGAUUGCCGUUCAGCGAUUCAAUGGCUCCGCCACCUCGAUGCAUCUCACAUGCCAGCACCUAGCUCUGAGGCACUCGAAAAUAUCGUACGUGCGGCUCUUGAGGAUGAACCGACCCAAGUUGUUACUUCGCUUCGUGAUAUUGCUCAGAUUCUCUUGUCUCGAAAUGUGCUCGACGAAAACCUCUACGACGCUGCAUCACUAUGUGUGACCAAUUUUGCCGAAAGACUUGGUAUGCGCAUAGUCCAAGAGUCUUUGAAUGCUUCAGAUUUGGCGUCUUGCUACAAAGCAAUGGAGGAACUGGCUGAGCGCCUCUUUCAACUCUAUGACGCAUCACAUAUUCUUGUUACGCCAGAACAGACCAAGCCUGUAUCUGCUGUUUUGAACCUUGCAGCCCAAAAAUCCCUGCAUGGACAUGCUGAACACGCAAGUGCACUAUUUAGACUUUGCAUGCUGGCAUUGCGCUUCGGCGAUCCAUCCUCACCGGCUAUUGUGAGUCUCUUAUGCGAUGCAUGUCAUUUGCCAAUGGCUAUUGCUGAUGCGGCCGCUUCUGCACCACACCGACUAAGUGAUGCUUGUGUACGGCUUAUUGCUUUCUCGACCCUUGUUCUUCCAGCUUUGGAAGGUUUGUCAGGCUCACUCGUUGCAACAACGCAGUCAGCUGUUGUGCGGCAGUACGAGGCAGCGAGCCGAGACUUGAACAAUAAUUUGGCUCCUUUGGAUCUAGAUGAAACGGCAUGGAAGCGGAUUGUGGAUGCAUUUUGCUCGGCUGAGCAGAGCAGUCCGUCUGCUUUUCCAGGUCCAGAUGGAUAUACAGGCCUUGGCAAGCUUCUAAGCGAGCUGUCACGUCUACCUCAUCGCCCGCAAUUAAACGUGGAUAAUAUUACAGCUAUGCUUACAGAAAAGUAUGGGCCCGAUGGCGCUUCUGUGACCCAUGGAUGGACAAACCCUUCAUCAAAGUCUUCUCACGCAUCAUUUCCCUCUCGGAAAAAGUUUUCUAAUUCCCAAAGCAAUACCCUUGUACGAAAGACACCUCAUCCUGACACUGUGCGACACUUGUAUGUGGAAGGGCUCCUUUCACCUGAUCUACCUGUGAUCAAGAGUCUGGACCAUUCGCUUUCACAUGAUAUCCAGAACCAGUGCCGCUCACAUGGCAGCCAAUUAGAUGUCUCGGCUGUCCACAAUCGACUCAUGGCCAGUGUCGCCCAGGGCUUGUAUCCAACGCCGAGCUCAUUGGGUUCCAUGAUCAAUGUAAUGGGGCGCAAUGGUCAGGUGGACCGCAUUGAUGAGCUGUAUAAGCUAGGCCUCCAUGCUCUAACAUUUAAGCAUUGCGAUAUGCAAUGGCGCAUUUGGCAGUGGACGCACUUGGAAGACUGUAUGAUGACUGCUUUGUCUCAUGCCACGCUAGAAGAUCGUGCCAAUAUUCAUCGGCUACGCAUCAUCGCCCUUGGUAAAGCCCCCAGUGCGAGUGCCUAUGCAGCGCUAAUUGCUACCAUUCAAGAGCGCACAGACGACGCUGUUGUGGCUGAAGAACUUUUUAAUGAAUCACAAAAAUUAGGAGUACGUCCCAAUACCUAUUUGUACAACACGAUUAUAUCCAAGCUUUCUCGUGCACGCAAAGCCGAACAAGCUCUGCGUCUGUUUGACGAAAUGCAAAAAUCCAAUUUGCGACCAAGCAGCGUGACGUAUGGUGCCGCCAUCAAUGCCUGCGUUCGAACUGGCGAUGAGUCGCGUGCAACGCAGCUGUUUGCCGAGAUGGAGUCCCAACCCAUGUUUCAACCACGAGUGCCACCUUACAAUACCAUGAUCCAGUACUAUGUACAUUCUGUGAGGAACCGAGAUAAAGCGCUGCUCUACUACGAAAAAAUGCAACACGCGGGUGUUCGCCCUAGUGCACACACGUACAAGCUGCUCCUAGAUGCUUGGGGUACGAUCGAACCUAUUCAGCCUGAGCGUCAACAGGCUCUCUUUGCGCGCCUAUCGGCGGAUCGUCUGGUCGGCGCACAGGGUACGCAUUGGGCAUCACUUAUUCAUACGCAAGGCGUCGUUCUUCGUGAUUUAGAUCAAGCCAAAGAAAUAUUCGACUCGAUCGCCGACCGUGCGCCUACUGUUCCUCGAGGUAAAUCAUUCACGUCUACUGUGCCUGACGCAGUCGUGUACGAGGCCUUGUUUGCUGUUUUCGUUGCUCAUGGCCGGACGGAUCUCAUGCCGAUAUAUUUGUCGCGUAUGGUAAGUCAGGGUAUCUGGCCAACCGCGUACAUUGCAAAUUUUCUUAUUAAGGGAUAUGCGCAAGAUGGGCCUAUGGGUCUCGUUGAGGCCCGACGAGUAUUUGACGCAAUGAUUGAUCCUCCAGCUGGUAUAGCGGCUUCUGGCAAUCAUUUGCCGCGGCAUCAUGGUGCAGGCGCACUUGGUAUGCGCCGUGAGCGCGUAGCUAUACGCUCUGACUCAUCUAGUAAUGAGUUGGAUCGUGCUAAUGUACUCGGAGCGCUGGUGAACCGUGAGCCAAGCACCUAUGAAGCCAUGAUAGGCGCAGAGCUUGCAUAUGGUCAUAUUGACCGCGCCCAAAGAAUUCUGACGCGGAUGAAAGCGCGUGCAUUCCCUGCCGCUUUGUUAAAUCGUGCCCAGGCCAUGUUUGAUCGUGUAUAG